AUGAAUGACACAUCACAAGUACUAUCCGACUGUUUGGCUCUUCUUUCGUCUCCUGCACACGAGAAGUAUCCAUCUCUGAGCGGAAGAGGGUCUUCACAUUUCAAUUCACAUCCGGACAUCCAGUACUUUAAAGAGAUCAAGGAUAAAAACCACUAUGAAUACCACAAACUGAAGUACAACAGCAGUAAUAUAAACCACAGCAAGAGCUUGAGAGGUAACGAUGUACAGGUAUCGAUACAGAAUGUUCUCAGCCCGCAGAAGCUGGUGCUUCCAGCGCAGCUGACUGGCUCUUCUGUACCACAUACCGACCCUCGCAUUAACUUCAAUCCACAUGAUAGGUCUUCGCUCAUACUGCGCUUGUCUACCUUUUCUGUGCUAAACUGGCAGGUACCUGACUUGGGGCUCACUGCGGUGGACUUGAACGAACUUACCUGUGCAAGAAAAGGUUGGAAAUGCCUAAAGGGGACCAGUCCUAAGAACACACUCAGUUGCACAUACUGUCACUCAGUGAUGCAGCUUAAAUUCAACGAUGCUUCUACAGGCGCAAAUACUUCGUACUUUCCCUUCGACUUCGAUGCGGAUGAUUAUAUGGAGCUAAAUGUGGCAUUAGCUCAAAACUACCUCAAACAAAUCAGAUAUCAGGGUCAUGACGAUAACUGUCUCUGGAGAGUCUACGAGACUCCACUUGACGGUGUGUACUAUCCGAGGCCCUACAUAGACGAGACUAGCAUCGAGUUAGUCGAAGAUUACUUGAAGAAUCUCAAAGCACUCACCGAUAAUAACCAUCUUAUAGUAGACUUGAGACCCAUAUUCAAAAAUUCAGUGAAUUUCCAGCCGCCUAGUCCCUCUGAAGAGUUCAUAUCUAAGUCAAACUCGCUUCUCGUUGAAAAAUACUACAAAGAAGACCAGGAAAAUUCCUACUACGAUAUCCAAUUAAAUUCAAAUAUUCCCGGGUGGAUGUACCGAAUAGCAGCAUUGGGAUGGAGCUUACAUGUGCAGUAUUUCUCACGCCAAUAUGUGAUACUCUUGGUCUGCUCCCAGUGUAAUAGUAGAGUGUUUUUACCACAGAACCAGAACCAAAAUCAGAGUCAGACCCAGGGUGAACUUAAUUUGUCUCCACUGAGAAUACUCACUCCUUGCAAGUACCCACCAUUCAUUUCCAAUGUAGCCAACAAUGAGAGCAUAUUCGAUGAUGUUGAAGAAGAGGAGCUUUCCAAAAUAGAUAUAGUUAACGAGCACAAGCCUUGGUGUUGUCACCUAAAACAAUAUCCUCACAACAGAACUUUGGAAGAUCUUUUAUUUGAAUUAAUCUUAGUAGAAACAGAAACCAAUACAACCAAGUCUACAAAGCGUAAGUCAAGUCUGGAAAUCGCUGAGAACUUAAAUAGAUUAAACAAACUCAGGAAAGUCUUCUUGAAUCAAAAUUAG